GAAAACAACAACUUGUUGCCGGAUAAACACGGCUGAACGUUUCUGAAGUCGUUCAGUUCAGGUCAAAACUCGUAGCUCUCAACACCGAUUGAGAGGCUUAUCUGGAAGUGCGGUUCUCGGUUUCAGUUUUAAUUAUUCCCUUUUGACAUUUUCUAAUUCCCGAAAAAAAUCCGGAACCAGUUUUUCAAGCUGCGGUUGUUAUAUCAGAUAUUUAUACUCCUUUCGACUAUUGCCGUUGAAUAUUCUAACGAAGCUCGCAAGAUGAAAUCUUUCGUACCGGUUCCCGAAAACAGCGACUUCCCCAUCCAGAAUCUUCCCUAUGGCGUUUUUUCGACCGCAGAUAACCCUCAACAUCGCAUCGGUGUUGCUAUCGGAGAACACGUUCUUGAUCUCAGCGUGGUGAAGCAGUUUUAUCCCGCGAAGUAUGAGAAUGCCCUAACUGCCACUGUGCUGAACCCGCUGAUGUCCUUAGGCUUCGAAAGCUGGGCUGAAAUUCGUCAAAUAACUCAGGGACUGCUCCUCGAAGGUUCGGAACUACAAUCCAAUGCUGCUCUACGAACCAAAGCUUUGGUUGCGCAAAGCACUGUUCAGAUGCAUCUGCCCGCUCAAAUUGGGGACUACACCGAUUUCUACUCAUCGAUUCAUCAUGCAACGAACGUGGGCAUCAUGUUCCGUGGCAAGGAAAAUGCGCUGAUGCCAAACUGGAAACAUCUACCUGUUGGCUACCAUGGCCGGGCUAGUUCGGUUGUCGUAUCCGGAACCCCCAUUCGUCGACCUUUGGGUCAAACGCUGCCAGUGGAUGGUGCCGACCCCGCAUUUGGGCCUUGUCGCCUUUUUGAUUUUGAGCUGGAGGUAGCAUUUUUCGUUGGUGGACCUCCAACUGACCUUGGCGAUCGAGUAACUGCCGAGGAAGCCGCCAAACGAGUUUUCGGUUUCGUUUUAAUGAACGACUGGAGCGCCCGGGACAUUCAAAAAUGGGAAUACGUACCCUUGGGUCCGUUUACUGCGAAGAAUUUGGGCACAACCAUUUCCCCUUGGGUUGUUACCGUGGCUGCUUUGGAACCAUUCAAGGUAGACAAUUUCCCUCAGGAACCUCAACCGUUCCCUUAUCUCAGGCAUUCGCAAAAAUUCAACUUCGACAUCAAACUGGAAGUGGACAUAAAGCCUGCUAAGGGUUCCAGUUCUACCGUCUGCCGAUCCAACUAUCGAAACCUGUACUGGACGGCUCUGCAGCAGAUUGCCCAUCACACUGUUACCGGGUGCAAUCUUAAUCCUGGCGAUUUGAUGGCAUCGGGAACGAUUAGUGGCGAUGCUUCGGAUUCGUUUGGCUCCAUGUUGGAACUCAGCUGGAAGGGAACCAAGACGGUUCCACUGCUCGGCGGAGAGAGCCGGAAGUUCCUGCAGGACCAUGACGAGGUUACCAUUCGGGGUCACUGCGUGAAUGACGAUCUGAGAAUCGGAUUUGGAUCGUGUUCCGGUGUCGUGCUUCCGGCAAAACCGUUUGAGUGAAUUUGUUUUUGUUUUUAAAAAAAAUCCGAUUCAACCAAUAAAUCCUGCUUAUGUUGCAAAAUUAA